UGAAUCACAGCACGACAAGGAAAGUCUACAAUAUCACGAAUGCGAAUGGUUGCAUUGAAAACUGUCUGUUACUGUUCUUUAUUUAUCUGAUAGUCGUUUCAAAGUUUUCUACUUUUCUUAUUUCUCUUGUUCUACAAUUCGUUCGAAAGCAAGAGUUGGAAGUCAUUCAGACAUUAAUUUCAGCUAUAAAUUACAUAUAGUCGUAAAAGGGAAAACUCGUUUGGUCUAUAAGCAACUUUUUCUUCUUCUUUUUCUUCUCUACAUUCACUGAACGCUCAACUACAACAAAGUAUCUAAUUUAUUGUCGCGAGAUGCACAAAUUGAAUCGCAACGAACGAAGGAAUGAAACAGAAAACGAAAACUUUCCUUCCACGCGUUGGAAUGUUUAGUCUUCUUAUUAUG